AUUUGAACCUCAACUCAGCUAAGCUAACUCAUAACAUACUCAAUCACAGUCACCAACACUAACACCUCUCUCUCUCUCUCUCUCUGCACUUGGGUUCAGUUUUCAUGGCCGACGCUUCAGAUUGUGACGGUUUCAACCCAGCAGCCACACGCAAGAACGGAACUGAAAAGAAAGAGGAAAAGGACAUGCCUCUUUCACAGCAACAAGAAGAAGAAGAACGCUCCGUUCUCGAUUCGGAGCAGGCUCUUGCUCUACCUGGAUCCGAAUUGGAAGCGAAGAAGCAACGCCUCUUGGAGGAGCUGGAAUCCGCUUUGCUCCCCAAAACCAAGCUUCGAGAUUCCAUGAACUGCAACAACCUCCAAGACUUACCUCUCUCUUCGUCUUCUUCUUCUUUUGCAGUUCCCGUCGCCACAUCCAUAGGGUUAGGGUUAGGGAUUCAGGUAAUCGAUGAAACCGCAGUGUUCGAAACCUUUGCCCUUCCUUCUGCUUCCUCAGCUUCUUCAGGAACGGCAAAAGGAAAAGGAACGAAAGCGAAAGCGAAAGCGAAUGCGGAUGUAGCAGUUAAGAAGGACGGAAACAAGAAAUCGAAUUCAAGAAGAAAGGCCAAGAAGAAUGCUGUAGCAUUGAAGCAGCACAACAACAUGAAUGGGAAGAAGAAUGCCACGGGGGCUGCAAUCCCAAAUGGAACUGGGAAGAAGAGAAGGUACUCAAGGAAGGAGAUGGAGGCCCUGAGGUUUGUGAAUGAGGACAAACAGCGCUUCUUCUGGAACGAGAUAUACAGAGGCCUUCAACCUCACGUCGCCAAUGAAUAUGAUACCUUGUUUGCUGUGGCUUCUGUGCCAUACUUUCCAAACAAGAAACCAACUCCACCGAUUCUCAGUUCUUGUGAGAACACUGAUGCUGAAAAUGGGAGUGCUGUUGACUCUUCUUGCAGUCAUAGUGUUAUCAGUGAAGAUGGGUGCUCAAAUCUAGAAGAACACAGUGAGGAGGAUGAUACUGACGAUGAUUAUGCUAGCAUACAGAGGCCUGCCUUUUUUGUCGACGGGGAACCUGAUUUUGAUUCUGGUCCACCAGAAGAUGGGUGGGAAUAUCUUAGGCGUGUCAGGUGGGAGGCAGAUCAAAUACCAAAAGUGAAGGUAGCCAAACUAGAUAGAAGUAAACUCAACAAGGAACAAAGUGCUUACAUGCCCAAGAUCCCUGAUAUUGCCAAGUGUCCUGAGCAUCUGUUGCCAUCCAAACAGUGGGAGGAUGUAUUUCUUGCUGAUUUUUCUGCUCUGAGGGCGAGUAUCUCAGCUCAUGAAUGUUCGAAUGCCAUGAAUUCCAGUAAUAUGCAAACCGUUCAGACAUCCCAGCUACUUGAGAACAAUUCUGGAGAAUCUGCUAGUGUAAUGAACAAGGACAAGGAUGUCCCACUUCAGAGUAAUUUAAGUGAUAGUAAGACAAUUGAUCCACCCCUUGAACUGACCUCUGAGGAUAAGGAUGCCACAAUGCCUCUGGAAAAUCCUGGAUCAAAAACUUCUGUUGAUGGAACUAGGAGUAGCUCUCUCAGUCCUCCUAUGCUUUCUUCAGUCUUACGAAUGGACCCUGUAGCUAGGGUUUCAAUGUUGCUCAAACGGAUUAGCUUGCUAGAGUCUGCAAGCACUAUCUCAAGAAAUGAUUGCAUAUGGCUUUUUGCUCUCUGUGCCUCAGUUGAUACUCCACUAUAUGCUGAUACUUCCGCCGGUCUCAGGAGUCUGCUGCGGAAGUGUGCUAGCAUACGUGCUGGAAAGGCUGAAUUGGAUGAGGAGGUUGUAAUGUUGAACAUCCUGGCUACAAUUUCGGGGAAGUAUUUUGGACAAUCCGAAGGUUGAAUUCUUGCUUGUUAACUUAUUGGUUUUUGACAUCUUUUGCUCUGCCCUUUAUGGCCUAAUUUGGAUGUAAAAUGCAUGCACGAGAACUGUUGAAAAUUGUAAUGAUGUACUUAAGCUUGAAUAAUACUUGACGCGUUUGUUAUUAUUACUGAAAGGAAAUUCUCUUA